AUGGAAUCAAACCAAACUAUUCCAGGAGAUUUCCAAUUAGCUGCCAAGAGAAGACUCGGUGCCAAGAGAGCAUUGGGGAGACUGGAGGACCUAGGAAUCGCAAACGACUUGGAAAUCCGAGGAUAUCUCGCCAACCGUGGAUUAAGCUUAAGUGAGGUAACGACAGAUAUCGCUCGCGCAAGGACGUUCUUCACCGCAAUAUCAGCGGAGGCAACUACGGGACUCCGUGAUAUCCAUAACGACAUGGCGGCGCAACGAAAUGUCGUCGUCCUCAUUACUCAUCUUAUCGUGGGGAAUCAUUUUCAAUUUUGGCUUCACCAUGCUGAUCAAAAUAAUCAGCGACAACUCAAAGACGAUGCGUAUUUGAAACAAAUGGACCUUCUUUUCAUAAUGCUAGAGAAGUUUGGACUAUUGGUUCUCACUAUGCAACCGAUGAAGCCGUUUGGCGUUUAUUACACGAUAAGAGCUCCAAUUUUGGACAAUCUACCAUUUUCCAUUUUUAUGGAACUGGUGUGGCUCGUCGACCGACAGAAUAAAGGCUCGGAGGAAUGCCAGGUGGAGGAGAAGAAGUUUGCAAAAAUGGAGUUUGGAACACAAUUAUUUUUAAUUGAAUAA